UGUGGAUCUAAUUUUAGCUACAGGAAGCUGCGAUUUGACAAUGCGUGAAAUAAAUAUUUGAACUUUGUAAGAGGCUAUACCCGGCAAGUGGACGCUCAAGUCUGUUCAUGUUUGUGCAUGUGCACGCGAUCUAAAACGCGUUACCAUGGAUACAUCAGAUAGUGCAGUACCGUUACAAACUGAAAGUCGUGGCAGACAACCCCUAUUCGAUAAUCAACCGACUCUGGAGAAAGACAACCUCGCCAAGAGGCUGAGAACAUUCGUCAACUGGACAGGGAAGGUUAAAUCAUUACAGCUCGCUAUUGCGGGGUUUAUGCUGAUCGGCCCUGGGGACAAAGUGGAAUGUGACACCUGCAAGGUUAAACUGUACAACUGGACGGAGACAGACGUCCCCCUUGACGUACAUCGGAAAUACUCCCCAGACUGCAGCUUCCUCAAGAAGUGGUUUCCUGCGCUUACGCCUACGCUACGAUCUGGAUAUGAUGUUACCAAGGCAAAGUAUAGCGAUUUUGUUGACCAGGUAAAGAGACUGGGCACGUUUGAAGCAUGGCCCCUUAAACUGGACAUUCAAUCUCCUCCAAACAUGGCUGCCGCCGGGUUUUUCUAUAUCGGCUCUGCAGACCGAGCUCGGUGCUUCUACUGCGGGCUGACAUUAAGGGACUGGGAUACUGAUGAUGAUCCGUUUGAUGCGCAUCUCCAGUGGUCUCCUAGAUGUGAGUAUAUAAAACACGCCCACAACAGCAAACGGGGGGAUGGAAUUGACAUGAGGUCACAGGACCCACGACACGAUGGAGCGUCUUGUGCACAAAACAAACCUGUUGUGCUUGCUGCAAAUCUUGGACCCAGGGACAAAGACGGACCUGGAACCGGAUGUCCCACAAAGGGUCACGCAGGUGCACCUCCAAGUAAACCAAGACACUCCCCACAGGUAGAGGCGGUGCUUGCCAUGGGAAUCUCAUUUGAGCUGAUUAAGCAAGCUGUUGCAUCAAGGAGUACAGGGGGUGACUUUCCUGACGCCACGUCAUUGUAUCUGGCGGUGGAGGAACUGAUGUGAAACUGAUGAUGUUAAUGCACUUUUAAGCUUCAGAGACGUAUCAGAAGCAUAUGGUUCAUUUCGACUUUAUAGAUGUAUUAGAAUCAUUACCAUGUUUCGCCAGUAGAUCUAUACACAAAAUAGCCAGAUGUAUACAUGCACGUGUAUUUAGAUUUAGAGUUUGAGUUCAAGAUCCAAUGUUUGUAUUGUAGAUUGACCUUGUCAUGUAUGUUUUUCACCCUAUUUCUUUUUUUUUUCAAUUUGUUUGGGAAUAUAUUUUGUACGGCAGGUGGUGUGCACUCGCCUUGGUGGUUGUACAUUAUUCCAAAUACUAGUAUAUUUCGUCAGAACUAACAUUUCACGUAUGACGUUGGAGGACCCUGCAUACGUUUUUAGUAAAUUUACUUUCCGGAAUCCAAACAAAGGCAAGGUACGGUAAUCAGUUGAGACAUAAAACAUGAAACCAAUUUAUGGCCAUACCGCAAACAUGUGACGCCUCGUCUUUGCUUCGAUUCUUACCGUGUGUAUUCAACCGUCAACUAAAUAACGCUGAAAUUUGUUUUUUCAUUUGUGUUUGUAAUUUUCUUUGUGGGUGUAAAAUGUGUCCUGCAAUUAAUUGUAAUUAUUUUGAAAAUAAGCAAUUUUUACGUAAAACAUUUAUAAAUAUGCAGUUUUAAUUUUCAAGCCCUCUUGUUUCAAAUUUACCAUAUACAAAAGAAAUCAUUGCAAACGAAGGACCUUGCACUUCUGUAAUGAUUUCCUUUAAAUGGUAAAGCGUUGUACUUUCACGUGUUCAAAACCACAAUCUGUUCCUGAAACAAAAUAUCGACAUGGCUGGCAGUUGUGUUUAUUGUUUCUCAUGCCACCUGAUAUGAAAUUACAUCCAUAAUUAAUGGACAACUUUGCGUUCGUUAAGAUUGUUUAUAUUUUGCUCAUAAAGAAUUUUUAUUUUUAAUAACUGCACGGAUAUGAUUUAUCGGUGAUAGCCAAAUGGAGACAACUAUUGAACUAUUGUUUAAAACAGGUGUGGUUGUAUGAACAUCAGCCUUUAGCAAAGCAGCAACUCCUCAGUGCAUUGUUGCGAAUAACCGAAGAUGCCAUUAUUCAUGAUUGUUCAUGACACUACUGGUGAGGGCGGUGGGGUAGCCUAGUGGUUAAAGCGUCUGCUUGUCACGCUGAAGACCCGGGUUCGAUUCCCCACAUUGGUACUUUGUGUGAAGCCCGCCGUGAUAUUGCAGCAAUAUUGCUAUUGUUUACCUCACACAAGGCUAAGAAUUAAUAUGUGUAUUAUAUUAUAAUUGCUUCUUUCAUUUUUCCGAUGUUAAAUGUAAUUUUCAAUAAACUGACAUCUUCAUGAU